GAGUAGUUCUUAGCUAGAAGAGCAAGUGAGAAAGAGACAGGACUCAGACAGACCAGAGUUCUGAAAGGAGACCGAAGUCCUCGUCCGCAUUCUACUUUCUGCUAAAGUAAGCUCGAUUUCCUAAAGCUAGACUAUAGGACAUGUAUUCUAAUCGUAUUCAGGCCGACAUUUCGUAGACUAUCGCAGUGUUCCGACAUCGUGGACGGCGUGUUGCAGCGAAGGCUCGCCACUGUUCAGGGAGUGGGCGAGGCGCCGAGGUCCGGACCGUACUGCUCGGUCGACCGGGCAGGAGCGACAGGAUCGGUGGUCAAGGUGGGGCGCCUAGACGUUUUAAUGGUCUGUAGGCAGCAGAGGAUUCAGCCCCUACUUCUACCAACCAGAUGAUCCUUGUGAAGUCUGGUCCUCUUCUAAUGGCUGACUCCACGCACCAUCGAGUACGCCCUGGUCUGCACAACGCUGGCAUGUGGCAGUUCUUCACUGGCAAGCUUUACGUUCCUGUUGUACUGCUAAAGCUGCCAGCUGAAGAACUGUCACGGUCUGCACUGCAUCCCCUGAAGGAGGGUCCCCAAGAGACGGUCCGCACUGCGUCCCCCCAGGAUCCCCACGAGGAUUGGCCUUUAUGUAGUAUAUGUUGUGUACUAGUACUAUGUGUUGGGCCUUUAUGUAGUAUAUGUUGUGUACUAGUACUAUGGUUUGGGCCUUUAUGUAGUAUAUGUUGUGUACUAGUACUAUGGUUUGGGCCUUUAUGUAGUAUAUGUUGUGUACUAGUACUAUGGUUUGGGCCUUUAUGUAGUAUAUGUUGUGUACUAGUACUAUGUGCUGGGCCUUUAUGUAGUAUAUGUUGCGUACUAGUACUAUGUGUUGGGCCUUUAUGUAGUAUAGGUUGUGUACUAGUACUAUGUGUUGGGCCUUUAUGUAGUAUAUGUUGUGUACUAGUACUAUGUUUUGGGCCUUUAUGUAGUAUAUGUUGUGUACUAGUACUAUGUGUUGGGCCUUUAUGUAGUAUAUGUUGUGUACUAGUACUAUGUGUUGGGCCUUUAUGUAGUAUAUGUUGUGUACUAGUACUAUGUGUUGGGCCUUUAUGUAGUAUAUGUUGUGUACUAGUACUAUGUGUUGGGCCUUUAUGUAGUAUAUGUUGUGUACUAGUACUAUGUGUUGGGCCUUUAUGUAUUAUAUGUUGUGUACUAGUACUAUGUGUUGGGCCUUUAUGUAGUAUAUGUUGUGUACUAGUACUAUGUGUCAGGCCUUUAUGUAGUAUAUGUUGUGUACUAGUACUAUGUGCUGGGCCUUUAUGUAUUAUAUGUUGUGUACUAGUACUAUGUGCUGGGCCUUUAUGUAGUAUAUGUCGUGUACUAGUACUAUGUGCUGGGCCUUUAUGUAGUAUAGGUUGUGUACUAGUACUAUGUGUUGGGCCUUUAUGUAGUAUAUGUUGUGUACUAGUACUAUGGUUUGGGCCUUUAUGUAGUAUAUGUUGUAUACUAGUACUAUGUGUUGUUCCUUUCUGUUGAAUAAAGAUUACAAGAUGAAAGGUUGUGGAGGGGCGUUCGCCAACCGUAAAUUCAUUAAAGAAAUGAAUCAAA